GGCUUUUAAUUUCCCUGUUUACUAGUGAACUAGGUCCUUGCAGAUUUAACCCAUCGUGGUGGGUUAGGUUUACAGGAGGCUUACUUUCUUAUUUAGUGAAAUACUUAUAUCAAGUGUCAUGUUAAGGAGACAUGAGUGAUGUGGAGAGAGUACUGCUUACAUCCUUGGUACUUGAGCUAGGCAAAGUCUGGCACAAACCUAAUAAUCUCCCCACACCUACCUCAUGAAGCAAGGCCAGUGUUGUAUGUAAUAUUGCCAACAUAAAUUGAGCUGACAUUAUUCAUCUACCCACACGGUUAUGCUAGCCAGCAGAGAAGUCAGCUUAAAGCUGACUGUAUGUUGCUAAUGGACUCAAAAUGUGUUAGAACCUCCUUAUACAUGUGAGUGUUCUGAGUGCAUGAAGGCAGCUGAUGUAAAAGAUCAUGCUUCACAGCAACUUCUACCCCUGCAGUCAGCAUUUGGAGUUGGAGAAAGUCCCGUUACAACCCAGGGAUCACAAACACAGCAACUACAGAAGCAUUAUGGCAUUACCUCACCUAUCAGUUUAGCUGCCCCCAAGGAGUUUGACUGCAUGCUUACCCAGAAAUUAAUUGAAACCUUAAAACCAUAUGGUGUAUUUGAAGAGGAAGAAGAAUUGCAGCGCAGGAUUCUAAUUUUGGGAAAAUUAAAUAACCUGGUAAAGGAAUGGAUACGGGAAAUCAGUGAAAGCAAGAAUCUUCCACAAUCUGUAAUAGAAAAUGUUGGAGGAAAAAUUUUUACGUUUGGAUCCUAUAGAUUAGGGGUUCAUACAAAAGGUGCUGAUAUUGACGCCCUCUGUGUUGCACCAAGACAUGUUGAAAGAAGUGACUUUUUCACAUCGUUUUAUGAAAAACUGAAACAACAAGAAGAAGUGAGAGAUCUGAGGGCUGUUGAAGAAGCUUUUGUCCCAGUUAUUAAACUUUGUUUUGAUGGAAUAGAGAUUGAUAUUUUGUUUGCAAGAUUAGCACUGCAAACUAUUCCUGAGGACUUAGACCUACGAGACGAUAGCCUACUUAAAAAUUUAGACAUUAGAUGCAUACGAAGUCUUAAUGGUUGCCGGGUAACCGAUGAAAUUCUGCAUCUAGUACCAAACAUUGACAACUUCAGGUUAACACUGAGAGCUAUCAAACUGUGGGCAAAACGCCACAACAUCUAUUCCAAUAUACUAGGUUUCCUUGGCGGUGUUUCCUGGGCUAUGCUAGUAGCAAGAACUUGCCAGCUUUAUCCAAAUGCAAUAGCAUCAACUCUUGUACAUAAAUUUUUCUUGGUAUUUUCUAAAUGUGCUACAAUCUUUUUGAACAGGGAAUGGCCAAAUCCAGUGCUAUUGAAACAGCCAGAAGAAUGCAAUCUUAAUUUGCCUGUAUGGGACCCAAGGGUAAACCCCAGUGAUAGGUACCAUCUUAUGCCUAUAAUUACACCAGCAUACCCACAGCAGAACUCUACCUACAAUGUGUCCGUUUCCACACGGAUGGUCAUGGUUGAGGAAUUUAAACAAGGUCUUGCUAUCACAGAUGAAAUUUUGCUGAGUAAGGCAGAGUGGUCCAAACUUUUUGAAGCUCCAAACUUCUUUCAAAAGUACAAGCAUUAUAUUGUACUUCUAGCAAGCGCACCGACAGAAAAACAGCGACUAGAAUGGGUGGGCUUGGUGGAAUCAAAAAUCCGUAUUCUAGUUGGAAAUCUGGAGAAGAAUGAAUUCAUUACGCUGGCUCAUGUGAAUCCACAGUCAUUCCCAGCACCCAAGGAGAAUCCUGACAAGGAAGAAUACCGUACAAUGUGGGUGAUUGGGUUGGUGUUUAAGAAAACAGAAAAUUCUGAAAAUUUAAGUGUUGACCUUACCUACGACAUUCAGUCUUUUACAGACACAGUUUAUAGACAAGCAAUAAACAGCAAGAUGUUUGAGAUGGAUAUGAAGAUUGCUGCAAGGCAUGUGAAACGUAAGCAACUUCACCAACUGCUACCUAAUCAUGUGCUUCAGAAAAAGAAAAAGCAUUCAACAGAAGGGAUCAGGUUGACAGCUCUGAAUGACAGCAGCCUAGACUUGUCUAUGGACAGUGAUAACAGCACGUCUGUGCCUUCACCUACUAGUGCUAUGAAGACGAGUCCAUUGAACAGUUCUGGAAGUUCUCAGGGCAGAACCAGUCCUGCGCCAGCUGUAACAGCAGCAUCUGUGACCAACAUACAGGCUUCUGAAGUCACUGUGCCACAAAUAAAUUCCAGUGAAAGCUCAGGGGGUACUUCAAAUGAAAGCAUUCCUCAAACUGCCACACAACCAGCCAUUUCUCCACCACCAAAGCCUACCAUCUCUAGAAUUGUUUCCUCAGCGUAUCUAUUAAAUCCAUCACCAAGAACUUCAGGAAAUGUUGCAACAAAAAUGCCUAGCCCUGUCACAGCAGUGAAAAGGACAUCAUCUCCCCAUAAAGAAGAGUCUCCCAAGAAAAUAAAAAUUGAAGAGCAGGAUGAAAUAAGCGAAGAUACUAGCUGUAUAGAUUUGAAUGAGCAUGAAAAAAUGGACAUUAAGGAGCAACUUGAGACAGAAGUGAAUGUUAAUUCUCAAACAGAAACUCUUCAGACAACUUCUCUGCAAGCUCCUCAGAAAACACCCAGUACAGACCUUUCAGAUAUCCCUGCUCUCCCCGCAAAUCCUAUUCCUGUUAUCAAGAAUUCAAUAAAAUUGAGAUUGAAUCGGUAAAAACAACCUCAGGGGUCCAUAAACAAUAUCUGCCAACUCAACCUGUUGUCUUCUAAUGCUAGAAAAAAAGGAGAACAGAGGGUGCAAGACUAGAACAUAAUCGCAAAUGGAUUUAGGUAUAUUUUGUGCACUUCCCUUUCUGGGCUAAAAUCACCACUUGAUUGGAAGUCCAGGUUAGUAUGUGAAGCCAGGAGUACAAUUAAUGUGUUAGCAACAGUUGCAUUAAAUAUUUCAAAGGAUUACUGCCUUUAAAAACAUGAACACUAUUUGUAGCCAUAUUUGACAUUCUGAUUGAAUUUGUUUGAUGCAUUGUUUCAAAACUGAGAUAAAACUGGCAUAAGAAUCCCUUAAAUGCACUUUUAUGUACUUUUUUUAUUGGAAUAUGACUAAUUUUACAUCUCAGCUGAUACACUUUCAUUUUAUUGAAGAAUCUCUUCAAUAGUGCAAAUUGGAUGAUGUUCUACAAUAUACUAUGCAUUGAAAACAAGUGUGUAGUAUAUCUAGUUCAACUGCCAUCAAGCAGCAGUAAGCCUUUAAAAUGAAAUGUCAAAUCUUGAGGUUAUAAGACAUAAGUUGAGGAAGUAAUUGGGAAGUUUUGGUAUUGGUGGGACUGGGACAUGAUUAAGAUGUGGUCUACUUUUUAUUUAUAGGAUUGUUUUAAGGUGCAUACAGAUCAGCAGUGAAAGAGCAAAUAAACUUUCCUUUGAGCUAAUCAAACUCUAUUACCUUUUUUGAUCCCUUUAUUUCUUGGGAAAAGCUUUUGUAUUUAAUGGUGGGUGGGGUUUUUUGUUGGUGGCUUUUUUUUUUUUUUUCCCCCUCUCCAGCUUGUAUGCACCAUAUAGGACAAUGGUUAUUUCUACAAAAUAAAAACAAGCCAUGUAUUCAUUUGGGUUCCCUCCUGCCCCUUACCUUGUCAUAAUACCUUGUGGCCUGUAGGCACAAAUUCAAAAUUUUGUCCCAUGACUAAAAUGUUUAAGUAAAUAUUGUGUGCCUGUGAAAUAUAACACCUGUCUUGAUGGCCUCUGAAUCACUAAAUAUAAGAUGAUUUUUGUACACUCCAUGAAAGUCCUGUAUGCAUUAAAAAGCUUCAAAUUUUAAAUAAAGGCAAAAAGACUUUUCCUGAAGAAUUUUAACCUUUUUAUUUUUAGAUGGCUCAUCGAAAAUUGUUUUACAUACUGAACAAUGCUGAAUUUUUAAAAAUCAUAUUUCUAGUAAGCACUUGACAUCUAGUAAGCUCUAGACUCCUAUUUUAUUUUUUUUUUUCUUGUAGUCCUAUCAAUAAAGUAACAACUUUUUCUUUUGAAAGAACUAAAUCUCUCAUGGCAAAAGACAGCAGUAUUUGAGGAACAUGAGGGAUACCAACAGUAAUACCAGAUGUAGAUAACAAACUUCAUGUUACUAUUACUUAAGUCUGGAAUGUGGGAUGUCAAAUCAUACUUCCCAUACUUUGAUUAGCAUGUUUUAUGAACUCCCUUCUCCCUUUGUGCUCCAUCCUAUUACACGUGCAUCUUUCAUAUUAAAAUUGAAUUACUUACACUCUUCCCCUUAUCCUUCUAAAUUAAUUCUCCAAAGUCAGAGUGUAGCUUAUCUUUUACUUAGGCUGUGCAGUAACUGAAGGGUUUUUUUUGCCAUUUGUCUAAGAUGUCUAGUAUACAAUAUUUCUCUUUUCCUUGCCCUGUGCAGCCUGCUGUCGUCCACCCCCCAAAGAAGGUUAUAUUAACAGUUGAAGUGUACAAGGUGUCUGUGUAUUUUGUGUAGCUAUGGAGUUUAGAUCGAAAUUGCCAGGCACAAAUUUAGUCUUGUCAUUUUGUUUACACAUCAGAAAAUCUUUUUCAUUUUAUUAAACGUUUCAUGUAACUGCACCCAAGUUUUGCCAAGCUGGAAACUUGGAACCUUUCUGUAUAGUGACUUUUUAAUUCUAGUUUUCAUAACCUGGAGAUCAGACUGUUGCUUUCGCAUGAUGUACGUAGUGUCUCAUGACUGGAGUUUGCUUUGUUUUAUAGUAUCUGUACUCCUUGUAUUUUUCAAGAGCUAUUUUGUAAACAGAUGAUGUAUUUCUCCAUUGAAAACACAAUAAAAAACAGCACAAUCCCA